GCAGGCGCGGAACCGUUGCCGGCCCAGCGGUUGACCGCCGAGCGGUUUGCUGCCUAGUGGCUUAGCCAGCUUGACAUCAUGGCGACCGCCCCACCCCGGGACAGUGUGCCGAGCGUCCGCGGCUCCGUGACGGCGCCAGCGUCACCGACAGCCCGAGGCUCCGUCGACGUGAAUCUCGUGGUGGUAGUCCAUGGUGGCGGAGCCAGCAACAUCUCAGCCGACCGGAAAGAGCGGGUGCGCGAGGUCAUGGCCAAAGCAGCCACCGAGGGCUACAACAUCCUCAAGGCCGGAGGGAGCGCCGUUGAUGCUGUGGAAGGAGCCGUGGUUAUCCUGGAAAACGACCCGGAGUUCAAUGCAGGUUGUGGGUCUGUCCUGAAUGAAAAAGGUGACAUUGAGAUGGAUGCUAGUAUCAUGGAUGGGAAGGACCUGUCUUCAGGAGCAGUGUCUGCUGUGCGCUGUAUCGAAAAUCCCGUUAAACUUGCACGGCUUGUUAUGGAAAAGACACCUCAUUGCUUUCUGACUGCCCAUGGUGCAGAGAAAUUUGCAGCAGACGUGGGGAUGCCACAGAUUCCUGUAGAAAAACUGAUAACGGAGAGAAGCAAGAAGCACCUGGAGAAAGAGAAGCUUGAUAAGGGGGGCCAAAAACCUGACUGCCCUAAGAGCUGGAGGUUACGCAGACAAUGACCUUGGAGCCGUUUCAACCACAGGACAUGGAGAAAGUAUCCUGAAAGUGAAUCUGGCCAGACUGGCCCUCUUCCAUGUAGAACAAGGAAAGACUGUAGAUGAGGCUGCUGAGUUGGCAUUGAAUUACAUGAAGUCAAAGCUCAAAGGUCUAGGUGGCCUCAUCUUGGUCAACAAAACCGGAGACUGGGUAGCAAAGUGGACCUCUACCUCCAUGCCCUGGGCGGCAGUGAAGAAUGGCAAGCUGCAGGCCGGCAUUGAUCUUUGUGAAACCAGGACCAGUGACCUGAACUUCACAGUGGCUCCGGACCCCGGGCUCUCUUGUGAGCCUGUGCUGCUCUGCAUUAAAGAGAAUGAGAGGCAUGGAGUCAGAAUGGAGCUUGAGGCUGCCCUCCUCACUACCAUGGGACCCUGGGAAUGUUAGCACUCAAGAAUUUUUCAUCUAUGAAAAUCCUCUAGGACUCUGAAGAUUAAGUGAAAGUGAAGAAAAACUUAGUACAUCAAAGGAUCCUCUGGACAAAUUCAGAAACUAGUCAGUCCCCAAUAUGAGGACAGUUACGCAUUUAUAAGCCUUGAAGGCCUGGAUAUGCAGUACCUGCUGCUUUAGCAGGAAGCAUUUUGUUAAGAGCUGUAUUUGUUUGCUAGUGUUGCUACAACAAAACGCCUUAGGCUGGGUGGUCUAAUUAU